UAGUUGCUGCGAGACCACUACAAUUCCUUUCUGUGCACACCGCCAGCAAAAUGAAGGCCAGCGGUUUGCUUAAGCAGUAUGAAAUCAUCGGGCGGCAUCUGCCAACCGAAAAGAACAAGUACCCCGCCCUGUACAAGAUGAUGAUCUUCGCUCCUGACAAGGUAGUUGCCAAGUCCCGCUACUGGUACUUCACCCGCAAGCUGAAGAAAAUGAAGAAGACGAACUCUGAGAUCGUCUCCAUUCGUCGGAUUUACGACAAGACUCCGAUGAAAGUCAAGAACUUCGGCGUGUGGCUGCGGUACAACUCCCGUAGUGGCACCCACAACAUGUACCGGGAGUACCGGGACAUGACGGUGUCCGCUGCUGUCACCCAGUGCUAUCGUGACAUGGGUGCUCGACACAGCGCCCGGGCUUCCUCGAUUCAGAUAAUCCGUGUUGAAGAGAUCCCAGCCAACAAGUGUCGGCGACCCCACGUCAAGCAGUUCCACGACAGCAAAAUCAAGUUCCCCCUGCCGUCGAGGAUCAACCGGAACUUCCAUGCCCCCAGGUUCACAACAGUGCGACCACAGGCAAAGUUCUAGACUCCCCAAGCUUCAAAGGGUUCCCAAUAAACUGCUGUUGGCCCGUAA